AUGGAUGAUAGCCCAUGGUUGAACACUGUUGAGUACCAGAGGUCGGAUAAGACCAUAGCAAAUGACUGUUGUUUCGAAUUUGAUGCCAAGGACAGAGGUGAUGUUUGGAUUUCCCAAAAUAAGAAGUGUGUGGAAUGGUUUGUAGAUGAUCAGUGCGUCAGAAGGUUUUUCUAUGAGCAACCUGUAAUUAAGGCUGGGUUUGUUGAUUUCGCUACUGUUCCAAACUGUCUUGUGAUUAUUUUGAGGGAUGUCGCACACGUCUAUUUUCUAACUAAUGGUGAUUCAGCAACGGUAUGCUUCCCAUUCUAUGUUUCCAAAGCUUUUUGGUAUUCCCAGGGAGUUGUUUUGGAGAGGGAAAUGGGGUUGAGUUUCGCAGAAGGUGAAGUCCAACAUAGAUUUAUUACAUUGUCGGACCCCAUGGCACCUUUUGGGUUUAUAACCUUUUCCCCGCAACAAAAGUACAAUGAGGAUCCCAGACAUUUGCAAAUGUUGGUCUUUCCUAAGGAUGAGAAUUAUAGCAUCACGGUAUUAUUAGAUGUUAUACAAUGGAAACUAAACUUUUACUAUACGCAAGUGCUUACUACGGAUUCUAAAGAGGAUCUUAAGAAGAAGGAUUAUGUAAGCGCUACUCCUACUGCUGAUCCUUCCAAGAAUCUUCGAAAGAUGUCGAUUUUAAACAGAAGAGUUAAUUCCACUACCCUUAACCAUGACGUGAAUGAGACUGUGCAAACCGAUUCUUUGGCGGCAUUGACCAGUAACAAUAGGCCCAGUAGAAGCACGUCAGCUACAGUGGAUCGUAUGAGUGGCUCAACCACCUCUCCUACCGUAGAGUUCUCAUCGAAUCCUUCUCAACAGCAACAAUUGCAACAAAACGAACUUUUAAAUCAGGCCAUAUCCUCAAAAGAUGUCAAACUAACGAGAGUAUCUUGCAUGACUUUACCUCAGCAUUUCUCCAACGAGCUUGGUACGAUAAAAUGUAUCGCCCUCAAGUUUCAAGAUCAAGAAGCAAUCGCCAUAUUCGAUUCAGUAACUCAGUUCUCUAAAGUUUGGAUUAUAGAUUUGCUUCCAGACGUUAUAAAUUCCCUAUCUUUUAAAGUUCAUGGCGAUUCACCUCAGGACCUAAUAAAGCUUUCAGACUUGGAAAUACAAGGGCAGAUAAGCGAUAUCCUACCAUACCACUCGAGGGUUGCAAGUGGAACGUUGACUGUCUUGCUCAACUCGAGCAAAAAAGUUUGUCUAUACAAUCCUUUUAUCAAGCUAGAGUCACCGCAGCAUGAUGAAUCUCAUGAUGACUUAUGCCAUGUAUCGGAGGACAGGAUGGUUUGCAGUGAAUUUAUCUCUGCUCUUAACAAAAAAGUCUGCAAUAUACCAACCUUUUUCCCAUCCCCGAGAGAAAGCACCGUAAAGCUCUGUUUUGAGGCAUUGAAAUGGGUCUGUACUCCGAGUGUUCUUUUCGCUACUCUGUACUUAUGGCAAUACGUGAUGACGAAACCCGAUUUAAUCGAUGAUUCUUCUCCUCUGUGUUCGGAGUUUUCUGCAUUGGAGUAUGUUUUAUCUUCUUUAAUACUGACAAUGGAAGAUGACAUUAACGAAGAUUAUUUUGAGACUGCUGCACUUCAACUACUACGUCAAAAGAAUUCCAACAAUUUGAUACCCGAAAUAAUCAUGGGUUUACAUCUGGUACGAGAAGAGCUUGCUUUGAAUGUGCUUACCAAGAAAGAUGUUCAGAGGCUAGGAGACUUUCUGUAUUUUGCAACAUCAAAAAUGAAUUGGCCAAUUGAAUGGAGACAGUACUAUGGAAGUAUUGAUACCAAACCAAUUUUUUCUCCACUUAAAGGGACUUUUGCACAUCCUCUCGACGAACCACCUUCGAUUUUAAAAUCACUAUACAGUGUGACUGAGAAUAGCGCAAUACCGACAACUCCCUUCAUUUGUUUUUCCAGACUUGCUGAAAUGGAUUCACAUGUUGACCAACUGGUCACUCCAAGGACUUUCAAAAGUUUGAGAUUAUAUGAAUUGACCAGGGCUUCCAACUAUACAGAUGAUUACUUGAUUGAAAUACUAACAAAGUUACAGAUAAGUAAAGAGGAGAUAGAAACUUAUCCAAUUGGGAUGUUAACGCCCCUGUCAAAGAUGCUAAAAAAGAUCGAGGACAAGUUGUCACAAGUUAAUGUGAAUCUUGAUCUUUCGGUCAUCUGCAGGCCUGACCUCGAGAGGUGCGUCGCGCUUAUAGAGCAGAUUAAGAGUGACGUUGAUAAGGACCUCUUAUCCAAGACAUCAAGGCAGUUAAAAUUCACCGGCCCCCAAACUAAGUCGAAGCCUGAGGUUAAGGACCUUUACACUAUCCUGACGGAUGUUGUUAAGAGCAGUCGCCAUUUUAGCUCAGAAAGAAGCUCAGGUAACGAGGAUCAGAGCGCAGAUGAUUUUGAUGAGGGGUCGACACUAAAGAAAAAUGCAGGCUUGAUUUUCUCUGAAGAUAGGAGGCUCAGUUAUGUUCUUUCCCAGCUUAUUUAUUAUAAGCCAAGCAAGAUUGAUUUUUUAUCCUUGGAGAAGAACUAUAGGAAGAUUCUGAGACAGAAGAGGGCUGUGGCGAAAAUCAUGUCGAUGAGGACAUGUACAUCUGGGAUUGGUUUUGGAGCUGUUGCUUAUGCUACCGAGAAACCUCUCGCAACGCAAAAAUGGACGAGACCACAGUUGAACUUUACUUAUCUGUUCCCAGACGGAACGAAAAUAGCCCUACAGCAAAGUGAUCUAGAUAAAGAUGUUUUACAGUGGGGAGAGUUUCAUGGCGGUGUUAGUUCAGGAUUGAGAAUCUCCAGGAAGGCGAAGGGAAUUAACGGAAGCUGGAUCACCUUUUGCAAACCAAAUGAAUUGGAUGCCCAACACGGUGGUUUCCUCCUGGGUCUUGGACUUAAUGGACAUUUGACUGGACUUGAAGAGUGGCAUGUGUACAACUAUUUGAGUCCCAAGAAAACUUUCGUCAGUAUCGGUCUGCUUCUUGGUAUGAGUGCCAGCAUGAGAGGCACCAUGGAUCUAAAAUUGACGAAAGUGUUAAGUGUACACACCGUGACGUUUUUACCUCCUGGAUCAAGCGACCUCAAUAUCAACCUGAAAGUUCAAACAGCUGGACUGAUUGGAAUCGGUUUGCUCUAUCAGAAGUCUCAACAUAGAAGGAUGAGCGAUGUGCUUUAUUCCCAGCUGUCUUCGUUCAUAGUUGUAAAUGAAGAGCCUGUUAGUGAUGAGGGCUAUCGACUUGCGAGCGGAAUUGGAUUGGGGCUCAUCAAUCUAGGCGCCGGUGAUAUUAACGCAGGGAGGAAAAUGGUGGAAGACGAGGAGCCAGAUGAUGGUCUAAUGGUGCCCAUGAUCAACGGAACAGGUCCAGACGAGAGAAUAAUAGUUGGACUUCUCCAGCUAGUGACUGAUAACCACGACGUCGAAGAAGAAUGGAUUCCGGAAAACUCUCAAGCCAGUGCGACGGUUGCACUUCUGCUAAUCUUUUUAAAGACAAACAAUACGUUUAUCGCUAAUAUGAUUAGACCGAAUCUCAAGUCUGCGACCUCUAAUUUCCGCCCUGAUCUCUUCAUGUUCAGAGAGUGGGCCUAUCAUAUGAUAGUGUGGUCUGAGAUUGGAAAUGGUCUUCAAUUCAUGUUAGAAGGCCUUGAAUAUCAUGCCGAGGAAGGCAUUACAACAGAUAAUUUACCAAUCUAUUACACAAUAGCGGGUCGUGCACUUGCGAUGGGCAUCCGAUAUGCCUCAAUGGGAAACAUCGAAAUGCGAGAUUCACUUUUACUAUUAGUGGAUAGAUUCUUGCCCUUUUACCAGUAUCCCGGCGACGAGAGACUAGACUUCAAGCUGGCAAUCGUAGGUAUAAACGUUCUGGUCAACGUUUUGAUAGUCUCAGCUAGCAUGAUUAUGUGCGGAACUGGCGAUUUGAGUGUCCUUCGGAGAAUAAGAUAUCUCAGAGAAGUUGUUACAGGAAAACAUUCAGAUCUUUUCCGAGCCAACUCUUCACGCACCAAAUCCAAGAAUUAUAGACAAAACCCCAACGAGGCCGGGAUGUCGUUAGAUGAGGAGGAAGAAGAUAUACCCGACGAAUCAGCUUCCCAAGGCUCUGCAGAUGAUUCAAAUGAAGAUAAUUCAGAAGAGUCCACAAAUCCUGGAAGUCCAUCGAGCGAUCAGGGCGAUGAGGAAAACCAGUAUGGUAAGUUCAUUGCCUCGAAUUUAUCCUUGGGCUUUCUAUUUCUAGGGUCUGGUCAGUACGCUCUGAAAACAUCGAAUUUGGAGAGCAUUGCCUAUCUUGUCAUUACUGCAAUACCAAGUUACGUUCACAAGUGCCCUUUGCAGGAGACAAAGCAUUUCUGGAGCAUGGCGGUAGAGCCAAGAUGUUUAGUUAUUAGAGAUGCAACAACAGAAGAACUUGUGGAUAACGUGCCCUUCGAAGUCAACUUCAGAGUCAAUGAUACUUUUGAUGAAACAAAGUUCAUGACCGCUCCAUGCUUGUUACCAGACAUAAGGAAAAUUACGUCUCUUAAAGUCAAUUCAGAAGGCUAUUAUCCUAUUGAGAUAAAAUUUGACAAUGACCUCAAGGCAGCGAAUUUUUUCAAGAAUGGUACGGUCCUUCACAUACAGCCCAAGAAGAACUCUACCGCCAGUGGGCAGGCCUCCUCAUCGAGCUACGAAAACACAUCUGAUAUACAGCGGACGCUGAAAAUGAAGGUCAAUGCCCUGGAAUCCGAUAAAGUAAGCACUGGCCGUAAUUCCAGCAUUGAAACCUUAGCACAUCAACUGAACAGUAGCAUUAAUCUCAAUGAUACGACUAUGGCGGAACUGAAAACCAUAACACGAGACACAAGUUUACAGGAGAGUAGCAUAUACUCUUACGACUUUGACAUGCUAUGUUCCGACGCUAAUAAUGGUGACGUGAAUGAUUAUCAACUUGAAAUAUGGAGAAGUAAGCAAAACGUUUGA